GCGGCUCGCAGGGAAGGCGGCUGCCCGCCUGGGCUUCUUCGUUCCCGAGCCGCCAAGGGAGGGAAGGGGGGAGGCUCGCCCGUCCGGGGCUCGAGGACCCUUCCUCACAAAAAAACAAAAAAAAACCCCACCGCCUCAGGGUUGCUGUUUGUGGCAUUUCCAGGCUAGCAGAUCACAGUCAAGUACUCUGAAGUCUUCAAAACUGGAAAAAAGGGAAUGAACCGUGAGGCUGUUUCUGGGAAGAGUCCGGAGGAGAUGUACAUUCAGCAGAAAGUGAGAGUCCUGCUAAUGCUUAGAAAGAUGGGAUCAAACUUAACCAGCAGCGAAGAGGAGUUCUUGCGGACGUACGCAGGCGUCGUGAAUAGCCAGCUUAGCCAGCUUCCUCAGCACUCUAUUGACCAAGGUGCUGAGGACGGCGUGAUGGCAUUUUCCAGAUCAGAGACCGAAGACAGAAGACAGUAACUGGACCGGCUCUUUCUACUAUAUAGAACUGAAAAGGGGCAAACAACGUGCUGGGCAGUUGAGGAAAAUGAGAGGACACCCCCCCUCCCUCAGUCCCUUUGCCCUCUCCUAAAGUUGUUGUGGCCCCACAACGGCUUCUCCCGGCUCUAAAUUCUUUGCCUCUCCUCUCCAGCCUUCCUGAAUGCGUUUCACAGCCCUCGGUUCGGUUCCCUUCUUUUUGGCGCCGUAGGGUUGUCGCCGAUCCAGGAUAAAACUCCGGGAAUUUAGGAUUGGCUUCACCCACCCACGCCUCCGCCCGUAAAAAGCGAACUGAUUGGCAGAUUCAGAGAACUCGACAGCCCACUCACCCCCCACCCCUCGUUUAAUUUUGCUUUUUUUUUUCUUUUUCUUUUAUGAAUGGUCGCUGACGUCCCCGUUUGCCAAGCCUUCAGGCUUCAGUGCUUAUGUAGGUCAGGCUUGUGUAUUUUUUGGAGAGCAAAAAUCACGGGCAACUGGACGAGGCUUGUAGAUGUUUUGCUGAGGUCAGUGUUUCCUUUUGCUGGAAUCCAUUGGGGGGGGUGGCGGGGAAGAGGGGAAUCUGUGUGUUUUAGUUAUCGCCUUGCAAUUUCUUGAGACCGUGGGAGAAGUAGAAUCUUUGCCUCUAUUUAUUAUAAGCUUGCUUGCCUUUCAGAAGAAGCCAGCUUUCAGGGUUGACUUUUCCCUAACAUUUCCACCCUCCCUCAGAAAUUUCUGGGGUUUUUUUUGGAGUGUCUUCAGGCUGGAAGGAAGCGCUCAAAAGCCCAGAGUUGAGAAAGUGAAUCUCCAAUUUUUUUAAAAAAAAAAACCCAAGAAAUCACGUUUGUACUCAGGAGGAGAUUUGCUGACACUCUGCAGGUUUGGACCUGUUGUGCUGGUAGCGAUCGAUCUAAUUUCUGAGCUUGCUUUUGGGGGGGAAACGAAAUCUACUCUCCGUGACUCCAGGUGGUAGAACCAAUUCACAGUAUUAGUUAUAGACCAGAGUAUUAGGAUCCCCCAAAGCCCCUUCAUCCACGCCUUUCCUUGCAGAAAAGCAGCAUUGCUGGCUGGUGAAUUCUGAGAGUUGAGGUCCACACAUCUUAAAGUUGCUAAGGUGGAGAGACACUAGGAGAAAAUGAGAAUUGAUUUGCAGGGGGUGCAAAUGAAGCUUCACUUCUUGGGUGCCAAGGGUGGUUCCCCUGGGGAAACCCACAAUAAAAAUAUAGUUGGCCUUUUCAGUAAACUUGUAAGUGCUUCUAGAAAGUUAGAUUUUUUUUUUGGUCUUUUUUUUUUUUAAAAAAUAUAUGGACGCAGAAGGCCAGCUCUUGAAAAGGACAAAUUCUUUUUUUUUUU